CGGUUUCGGACUGACGUCCGUUUUAAAACGACGUCCCAAAAAAGGGACAAUUGAUACGCUUUUCAAAGGACACAAUGGUCUAGUGUUAAAAAUAUAGUGUACAUAAAAAGAACUAUUCUCUUUCAGCGUGCUUACAGAAGAUACACCUAGUUCCAAAGUGGAUUGCUUUGUAAAGGCUGGUUUUCCCGAGCUAUUUUAGGUCUACAACACAUUACCUAUGUCCCAUUUUUAUCCAACAACCAGCCUCUACGAAGCAACCACAGUCAGCUAGAAAUGUAAAUAAGUAGCGACAGCAAGGAGAAAUAAAUGCCAAUACUAAACGUAUAGAACACAAACACUGACGCUUGCAAUGACCCAGCCCAGUUGAAACAAGCGCUAUGGUCGCUACUAACGAGCUCACGCCAAAAUGGCCGACGAGGAAAAACUGCCGAUACCCCCAACGUUUCUCGAGAAAGUGCUCUUCUACACCACAGCGACCUUUGUCCUUCUCGCUAUCUUCAGCCUCUUCGCCUUCCUUUUCUUAGUGCCCUUCGUCAUCGAACCCGCCUUUACCACGAUAUUCAUGCAGUUCGAUCCGGUACCGGCGUUAUGCGUCACCGCCCAAGUGAAACACCUCCUCGGAGUCAGUAACUGCUCCUGGGCAUCCUGCAGGGAAGGCUGCACCAAGGACCUGUACGAAUGCACUCAAAUAAGAGUCAACUACAAACUUGGAUACGCCGCGAAUAUAUCAGCAACAGAGUACGAAGCGCUCAUCAGAGCCGAACGGUCUUUGAGGAACUACGAUUACGAGAAUUACGAGUCGCCGAUAGAUAAGAACUAUCCAGAUAUGGAAGAACAGGAGCUACCUGAGGCGAUCCCUACUGGUCUGAUGGGUAACGACUCGGAGUGGUACUUCACCGGUGCUAGAUUGUUUCCCAAUGUGAAAGGUUGUGGGUACCCUCCUAUACUUAACUGUACAAUUUUCUACGGCAAGUACAAACCAAUUGGAACCAACUAUAGUUGCUAUUACAGCAGAGUGGAUCCAGGUUUAGUUAUCACAGAGUUAGAUAUGUGGCAGAACACCUUGAAUUUGGUUUACGCGAUGGCGAUUCCGAUUCCGUCGUUUAUAAUAUCGGUGAUAUAUUUGACGUUUGCAUAUUUUAAGAUUUACAAUACCGAGGAUGAGUCGGAGCAGGCUCCGUUGCAAAGCGACGCUGAGGCUAUGGCGACAGGAGACGAUGGGAAGCCGACGACUCCUGGGUCAGACACAUUCAGAGAAGACUUGGCAUGUUUUGGUCAUCAACUGAAAAUGCAGCUGGCUAACGAAAAGCCUAAAGAAGGCUUCGAAUCAAAUAGUCCUGCCAUCUCAAACUCUGCCUCAUUAUCUGGGACCAAGUCAUCUUUCGUGAACGCCUAAUGAAAAGUCACACACAGAUGACAGGGUUCCUGAAGAGGCUUCGGCUACAAAGUGCACCAUGAAAUGAGGUGAACGAAAGUAAAUACGAAAAGACAUUAAUUCUGAGAAGUUUUUCGCUCGUACGUCACAGAAGCUUUUUGCUUUAAAUAUUAUGGUCGUGAAAAAAAAAUAACUUAGAAAAAUUAUAAUUGCGAAAAGAAAGAUUUUUAUAAAGCGUUGUGAAAAAAAUGAUAUUAAAAGAAUUUUCGUGACAACAAAACACUUGAAUAUUAUUAUAGUAAUAGGUUGGGUGAUGUAUGAACUUUAUUGCUAUUAAAUAUGACGUGUCUUAAAUAUUUUAGUAUUGUGCUUUUAAAAUAUUGGCUACGGCUACGUACGGUUAAUUAAGAAACAAAGCAAUCUUAACGCCUUGAUUAGUUUGUGCAUUUAUGCACCUAUAUAAUUAUGUAUAUAUUAUAUAAUUAUGUAUCCUUGUAAUACGAAAAAUAUAAAUAAUAUAUUCUCAUCCAAUUUUUCAAUUUAUGUGAUAAAAUUUAAGAAACUCUAUAAGUAGGUUAUUUUGAAUUUCUCUUCAGCAAUUACUAUAACAUUCUACAAAAUACGAGUAAAAUUCAUUAAUGGAUUUGCGAAAAUAUAUUUUUAUUUAAAUUAAAUAUCAAUAUCAUUUUAAAUUAUUGUAAAAUUUAUUUACGAAUAGUGCGAAGAAAUGAUACCUAGAAAAUUCUAAAUUGAAUUCGUCCAAUCUUGUAACUACUAUUUUAUUGUGAAAGAUGUGCAUUAGUUGGGAUUGAAUAAUUGAAAUUGAAUAAGAUUGUAUUACAAAAAUUGUAUUUAUAUUUUUCUGUAAUAAUCCCUUUUGGUAAAGUACCUAUUGCUCAAACCUUUAAAUAUUUGCAUAAAGAAAAGUUGUCACGAAAAUCUAAUUAUAUUAUUGUUAGAUAUAAUAAACAAAGAAUUUUAUCUCCUAUAAUUAUUAUAAACAUAAGACUCUAACGCUCGCAAGCUAUUUAUUGUAUAUGCACGCGUCUUUCAAGUGAAAUAUUUAUGUAAAAAUUAUCUUUUUUAACAAAAUGGCAACUUCUGAUGUUUUGAUUUUCAAUAAAAGAAACAAAGAUGAUAUACAAAAUAUUGAAGGAAAACGGAAUAUUGAAAUAUAUUACUUAAGAUAUAAGCAUCAAAAUUAUAAACCAAUAUUAAAUUUUAUAACUCUUCAUGUGUCAUGUCAGAAAUAAAUUUAUUUAGAUGGAAAAGAAAUAUUAGUUGCUUACACAUACAUAUUUCUAAAUUUUAAAUUGUUUAUUUUUUUAUUUAACUAUAAUUUCAAUUAAAAUGAACAUGGAUAAUAUAUUAUCAAAACCUUAAGAUAAAAUUAGAAAACUCGUUCAUAGGAAUUUGCAAUUAAUUAUUUAAUAUAUUAAACGAUAAUAAUAGAAAUUCAUAUGCAAUAUAAUUUACGACACCAGUUUUAGUGCGAAUAAUCCAGUUUAUUUAUUUUUAUUCUUUAUCUAUAAUUUAUUUUAUUACCUAAAGUAAUUCAAAUUUUUAAUUGAACCAUGCAAUGUCAGUAAAUAAAAUGUUAUUUUUAAAAAGCGACGAAUUCAUGUACUCCUAUGUUUUUCUUAUCAACUGCCUCCUGAAGAUAGUUAAAAAUGAUAUAUAAAUGUUAAGGUUAGGUAUUUUUAAUUAAAAGAGGAAUAUCGUUGGAAUUCUAACAAAUUAUCGUCCCUGCCGUACAAGUAGACAGUAUCGAUUCUUCCGUCCCGUGCCUAAACUUUUUAAAAAUUCAUCGAUACAUGAUGUCCAUAGCCAUCCGACCGUCACCUUUAUCAAGUACCGAAAUAGAGAAAUGAAAUCAAAAUUACUUUGGUAAUUUAUUUAAAAACACUAAACAUUUAAGCUUAUGAGAAAAUAAAGUUUAGUUAACAUUAAAGCUUACAAGUUUUAAUUGUAGUAACAAGCAUUGAUAAAUCAUGUUGUAUGCUUUCAGCAUACUUAUAUAAAUCAUUAUAUUGACAUAUAUCAUUAUACUUUAAAAGGAAAAAAAAUACUAUUUCGAAUUUAUUUUUCGUAUAAAUUUCUAAUUUUUGUAGAUACUACAAAAAAUCAUAAACAUAAAACAUUAUGUUGAUUAUGCUACUCACAAUUACUAUGUACUACUACUAUGGUUAAUUGAAAUUUUAUAGUUCAAACUAAUUUGUAUAUUUUCAAUUUAAAUUAAUGUACUGUCGUUGAUAAUUGAAAUUGUUUUAGUAUGUAGGUACACGAAAAAUAAACGUGUAUUAAUUUUCAAUAAAAAGAUAAAGCUAAGCUUAUAAAUUGUUUAGAUGAUUACAUCAUUGUAUUUUGACGCUAAUAAAUAAAUUAUAAUAUUUCUGUUAAUGAAUGUAUUACGUAUAAUAAAAAGGCUUGUGAAUAUUGCGUAUACUAGAGUUUAAGGGUAUUGCGAAAUGAUUUUUAUUUUCUUGUGACACUUCUUAAGCUUUGCUACUAUGCUUUUAAGUAAUAUAUUAUUUUUAAAGGGUAAUUUUUAUUGAUAUUCCUAUUUACUUAACAUACCUAAUGUGUAAUAUUAAUUUAAGGAUUAAACCUACCUACGUAAACGCUAAAUUGUAUAAAUGAAAUUGUUUUGAAAUAUUUUUGUUAGUUGAAAAUUUUGCUAUUUUUUUAGCUACGAAUACUAAAUAUAAUGUUUUUAAGAAUAAAGUAAAUUAAUAAUUAUGAAAAAAGCUUAGACUGUGGAAGGAUAUUAAGAUUAGUUAGAUUAUUGCAAAAAAAUACCCACGCACACAUUAUAGUAGUUAAAAAAAUAAUACUGUAAGAGCGUAAAUUUCAUGUAGCAUUCAUUUUAAUUAAGUAAUCCAUAAUUCAUUAAGUUAUUAUAUUGUUUAAAUACUUAUUUGUAUCAGUUAUAUUUAUCAGAAGAUCACAAACAUGAAUUAAUAAUAAAUAAACUCUGUAAAUAACUAUUUCAUUCACCAAGUGUUACAGCUAAAUAAUAAUUAAAAAGUAUUUUUACACACCCUACACUUAUUUUAUAUAAUUUACACAAUAAAAAAAAGCUUAUUUGAACAAUGUAACUGAGAGAAUAUUAUACUGAAGAGAGCAUCGUGAGACAUAAUAUACUAAAACUUUUUAUACAAUUUAAUUAAUAAAUCAUACUCAUAGUAUGAUACGGACAGAGAAGAAUAUUGUGAGUAAAAUUGAUAGCAAUACAAACCAAGCAUUGUCAAUUUUGAGAAUAUUUGUUCAAGUUCUACAAAAUAAUAACAAUUUUUAACGUUCCCUUAAUGAUUAUGUGUGGUCUCUAAUUUGAAAUAUUAUAUCGCUGCCACUAAACGAGUGGUCAGGUAAAUAUAACUGCGGAUGCUUAUCGGAUCAAGCUUUAAAAAAAUGAAAUUAAAAAGUUAUUGGGAUUCUUCUGUCACGAUAAAUGUUUAAUUUGUAAUUUUAUUAAAUUUUUUAUCUGUAUAUUUACAUCUUGUUUUGUGUAUUAUAUUUUGAUGGAGGAUAAUGAUCACCGCAAUACAGUUUAGAAAUUUUACGUGAUUUUCGUCUUUUUUGAUUUCAUUCAGCUGUGAUCGUGGUAUAUUUGCUUAAAAUAUUUAUUUAUAUAUUUUUUUAAUCUGUCAAUAUUAUAAAAGGCAUUUUAUUACGAGAAUUUUUUUCAAAGACAAUGCUUGGUUAGUUACAAUUCCAUAUUCAACGGACAUGGCACGUACUCGUAGGAGAUGCAUUGUAGCAAUCUUUAUAUUAUAAUGAUAUGUUAAUGCUUCUAAUAAAUUGAUAGAUUAGUGAUCGAAAAGCAAUUUAUGUAUAUCAUUCUGAAAUUAAGUCAAAUUAAUAAUUUUAGACUUACCUGUAACAUUUUGUGUGGCUCACUUUUAGGUUGUGCACAAUAUUUCACAAAAUAUUAAUAAUUUUAAAUAUCUGUGUUCAAUUAUUCAGUCACUAAAUUACAUAAUAAUUAUUUUAUUACAAAUAAACUCUGGUAAUAAAAGUAUUUGACAUAUUUUGUUUUUCGAUAAUAAUUAUUAUUUUAUUAAUUUACUAAAAUCGGGAUUUAAUGUUUUGUAUAGAAGAUCGUUAUUGUAUAUACAUGUUGUUAUAAUAAUGAAUGUAUAUAACUUUUUUAUUGUAAUAUUUUUACAUUAUUAUUUUUUUUUUAAUUUUUCGAAUAUUUGCUUGAUUGCUAAGAAAUGGUGUGAUAAAACUGAGUGAAAGAGUAAUAAUUAAUUAAUAGACGCCUGUAUCUACGAACUUAUAAAUUCUGAAUAUUAUAUGUUUGAUAGGUCCAUUAUUAACAAUUAUUAGAAACACAUAAGGCACUUAAAGUAUUUUUUCUACUUUGUGUUUAUCUUAAAUAAUCCAAUCAAUACAUUUUUCUAUUAAACCACUGUUUUUACAUUUUAAGUUAUUUUGUUUAAGUGAUUCUAUGAGCUGUUUAUCUUUGAAGUAAUCGUGGAGCUUUAAGAUAUUUUUGUCUUUACAGAAACGAUUACAUAUUGUGUAUACACUUCACUCUUUUGUAAAGCCGCUUCAUAAUUACGAAUAUAAUAUGUAUACUACUGUUCGUUUCAAAUUUUAUAUUAGAGACACAUCACUGCCAAAAAUUGUGGUCACUGAUCGCUCUUUACACUUUUUUUCCAGAAACCUGUCCAGUGAUAAGCCUCAUGUCACAUUUAUUAAUUUAUUAAUACAUAAGCUAAACCAUCCCUACUUCUUAUAAAUACAUGUAUGUACCAAUACCGCAUUCGCUUUGCCUGCAUAAAUAAACAUACGCUUAUUACAAGACUAUGAUUCAGAUUUAUUGAAAUAGGAUUUAUAUAAUUUGUAUUCAAUUAUUUUAAUAAAAUUAUCAUUUCAUAAUUUUUAGUCAGUCGCAUAAAUAAUACAAAAUAUAUUUAUAUUUAAAUAAAUCAUUUAAGGUAAUGAGUAUUUUGUUACAUUUCUUUAUUACUGUUAAUUACUUUUAAAGUACUCUUAGAAAAUAAUUUCGAUAAUUGUCAAAAUUUACCUCAUUUUUUAAUUUGAAUAAAAUUAAGUUAUUUUUUUCAAGUGCUUUUAAAACACCAAUUUGGCGAAUAAAUUGUAAAUAAAAGGUAAAGGGCACAAAAUAUAUAUUUUAGGAAUGUUUCCGAGUUACCUUAUUUUUUAUAAUUAUAUGUUUAUAAUGUGUCCGUAAAUCAAUUAUAUUUUAUUAAUGUAGUCAAUUUUAAUUUUUAAAUAUAGUUUUAGUAGAGAUUAAUUUAUCUUCAGUAAAAAAAAUCUUUAAUAACAUUUUUUAAGAAGCGUGCCAUUGUGGACUGGGGUUACUAUGUGAAUUUAAUGCAAUAUUAAGAGCAUUUAAAUAAUUAAUUUUGUUUUUCAAUAAUAUGUAACUAAUUGAAUACGUUUGUCGUUUAUAAUAACAUAAUUGUUUUUUUGCUACUAAACGUCUUCGCAAAUAUUUAUUACGUAUAAAGUGAUGAAAAAAAAUAAUAAAAACUUAUUAAAUACGUUUACACACGUGCAGACUAUUAUUAUUAUAAAAUUAAUUUACAAUUAUAAUUUAAUUAUUCUAUAAUAUGACGAUAACAUUAUAAUUGGAUUACCUACUUAAUUAUAUUACAAACUGUUGCAUAAAUUAUGUUCGAAAAUGUAAUUGCUUAAAAAUUGUAUUAAAAACCUACAUUUUGUGUUACAUUUUUUGUGAUUUAUUUUUGAAAUAUCAUUUAUUUUAAUUAUGACCAUGUUACGUUAUUAAAUCUUUUAUUACUUCAUUAGGUAACUUUUCUUAUUUUAGUAUUAAAUAAUAUUAUUUUUAUUACAUGAUAUUUAUGCACGUGUGUUAAGUGAAAUUUUUUCGCUACGAAGCGAUAUUUUAUAUAAUUAUAACUGUUCAUCGUAAUAUUACAUUUUCAUUCAUUUGGUACUAACUGUUGCCUUAUGACCGUUUUGUAUAUAAAAGUAUAAAUGAAGGUUAGUAGUAAAUAUUACAUUUAUUGGCUUCGAAA